GGCGGUUCAGGAUUUAUGGGCAAGGUGCUGCUGGAGAAGCUGCUCUACUCCUGUUCCGAUCUGGAACGCAUCUACGUGCUGAUGCGCCCGAAGCGCGGCAAGUCGCCCCAAACCCGUAUCGACGAUUGGUUGAAAUUGCCGGUCUUCAAGCGCAUCCAGGAGGAAAAGCCGCAUGUCUACAAGAAGCUUGUGCCGAUUCCGGGUGAUGUGACGAGCGAACGGCUGGGCAUCAGCCCGGAGCACGAGAAGCUGCUGAUCGAAACGACCGACAUCGUGUUCCACUGCGCCGCCACGCUGAAGCUCGAGGCGAAGCUGAAGGACGCGAUCGAGAUGAAUACGGUCGGGACGAAGCGCAUCUUGGACCUCUGUCAGCAGAUGAAGCACCUGACGGCGCUGCUGCAUUUGUCCACCGCUUUCUGCUACUGCGAUAAGGAAGUACUCACCGAGAAGGUGCACGACUUCCACCACAAUCCGUACGAUCUGAUGCGUACCGUGGAGUGGAUGGACGAGAAGGCGCUCGAUAAGAUCACGCCGAACCUACUCACGCCUCAUCCGAAUACCUACACCUACUCGAAACGCCUGGCCGAGAUGCUGGUGCGCGACGUCUAUCCCAAUCUGCGCAUUUGCAUCGUGCGGCCCAGUAUCGUGUGUCCUGCGAAUGCAGAACCGGUUGAAGGAUGGGUCGAUAGCUUGAACGGUCCCGUCGGUAUAAUGGUGGCCGGAGGCAAGGGUAUCAUCCGCUCGAUGCUCUGCAAUGGCGAAUACAACGCCGAAGUCAUACCAGUCGAUUUGGCCAUCAAUGGACUCAUCACGAUCGCUUACACCUUAGGCCAGAUGGCGGAGAUGCCCAAAGAAAUCCCGGUAUACAACAUCACGUGCCGGGAGACGAAACGGACGACCUGGAAGGAAGUGCUGGACCUGGGCAAGCAGACCGCAUACGAGUAUCCUUUCGAGGCUGGCGUCUGGUAUCCGGAUGGAGACAUUACGAUGAACAAAACGUACCACACCAUGUGCGUUAUCUUCUUCCACUGGUUGCCGGCGUACCUGAUCGAUUUCCUUAUGUUCUGCUUUGGUCAGAAGCGUUUCAUGUGCCGCAUACAGAACAUGGUGACGGAGGGGUUGAGUUUGCUGCAGUUUUUCACCACCCGCCAGUGGGACUUUAAAUCGCACCAGUAUCAGGCGAUCGAGAAAAAUCUCACGCCCGACGAUAAGCGUAUCUUCACGAUGGACGUCGACGCGAUCGACACCAAGGACUAUCUGCGGCGGAUCAUUCUCGGCGGGCGGCAGUUCUGCAUGAGGGAACCACUGUCGACACUGCCGAAGGCUCGCAUCCAGCUGAAGUUUCUGUACGUGCUCGAUAAGGUUGCGAAGGCGUUCAUGCUCUACCUGAUGCUGUGGCUGUUCCUUACGGUCACCGGACUUCGGGCGCCAGUGUACGAAAUGUUCGGAUGGUCGUGAAAAGGGGUUUUUACUGUGUCCAAAAUUCAAUUUCUCAAACUCAAAAAUCAGCUGGGAACGGUUUAAUUUUUGUUUCGUUUUUACUGCCUAAGUAGUUUGUUGUGUGUCGCUAGCAGUUUUCCUUUUGUUUUUAUUCGUUUCAGAACAACAUGACAAUAAAUGAAAAAAAAAAAAUACCUAACAUAAUCGGACUUGUUAACGAUGAGUUCUUGUGAGUGCAAACUUAAUGGUCCGUAGCAUCGCUAAUU